AUGGUCCGCUUGAGGACGAUACAACGGGCAACCGCGGUCGCCCGUCAAGGUCGAAGACGUACCCAACCAUCGAUGUCUAUUAAAUUGGAAGAUGCGUUCUCGUCGCGUCAACCAGAAGAGAAAAGAUGGCUGCAGGAGCAAGCCCACACACACCAAAAAACGAUGAUGAUGACGAUGAUUCCAUCGUUUCCCACAAGCAUGCAGAAUUCGUCUGGUUUGACUUCUGAUAUUUCCAGACGGUCCCUAUCACCACUGUCAAUAGUGUCCCCAACAUUCGCUGCAUUCUUGUCAAAUUCUUCCGUGCUAUCCAAACGUUCCUUUUCCACUAUUGGUAUAGCUACGUCCACCAUGGACGCGGACGCGGAAUCCUUCAAGGUGGCUCGUAUCAAUUGCUCCGAUGGAAGUAUGGAUUCUGUCAAUUUACCACCGUCAGAAAUUUUGAAGCAAACCUGCAUCCUACCACGUGAUUUAGUAUCGUUGGACCUUACACCGCGACAAAACCAAAGUCCAAUGCAACGAAUUGGAGUGGUUGGUGGUGAACGUGACGAGUACGACAAUGAAAGCGACAGUGACAACGAAGAGGUGGAAGACAGCAAGAAAAUCACACUAGAGGGCAAUGAUUCCUACUCCGCUGCGUCUUCUUCUCUCUGGCAACGCAACCGACCGCAAAUUAUGAAUCAACGACCUCUAACUGCUAUUUUGCCUCGUGUCGACAGCAUUCUAUUGAGCUUUGGCAACAUUCGGGCAGUCUGUAGUCGAGAUAGUGUUUUCAUUUUGGAUGCCCAUGCCAAGGUUGCCAAAAGUUUUGCCGAAGAUCUAAGCAGAGCCUUCCAACAAAGCGCGGCAAAUUCUGAAACAAUGACCACACCAGUCGAUCCUCCUGAGCUUAUUUUUCUAGAAGCAGUUUUGAAAGAUACAGUGGAUACCUACUUUCGAAGGAUUGCUCUCUUUGAACCCAUUGUUGAAGGAUUCCUGACUCGGGUAGGAGAGGAGGUAUUUAGCGAACAGGGUGGAGUGCAACAAUUGGUUCCUCUCAAAGAUUCCCUUCAGAGUUUUGAAAUGGAAGUCAAGAAAUCUCUAGAGUGUCUCGAAAGUUUACUCAACGAUGACGAAGAAAUGAUCCAACUCCUUCUCACAGAGCAAGCUGCUGCCAUAGAUAGCGGAGUCCCAGUUGAUCUAGAACGGCAUCAAAACGUCGAAAUGUUGGUGGGCAUUUACGCACGUCAAUUGAGUAACCUGCAGCACGAAAUUGACUAUCUGUUGGGCCGCGUCCAAUCCAAACAAGAAUUCGUCACCUUGGCACUCGCCGGGUAUCGCAAUCGUCUUGUGCGCAUGAACGUUCACAUUGGAAUUGUGGGAGUGAGUACCGGUAUGAUCACUACGAUUGCCGGUCUCUUUGGAAUGAACUUGGUUUCUGGAAUCGAGGAAUCGCAGAUUGCCUUUGUUAUGGUCACAGGAGGAUCCACCAUCUUUGCGUUCAUGGUGGCGGGAAUGUACCUAAGUUUCAUCCGUAAGGGUGCCAUGCAGCAAUUGGCUGCCGCACGAAUGGCCGAAAAUGAGACACUCUCCAAUGCUCUAUCCGAUACGGCAGCUUUGGAUUAUGUCGUCAAGGAAAUGAUGCAAGGCAAGAAAAGUUUAAGUAAGGCUGACCUUCGAGAAUUAAUGUUGGAGGCUCGUCGGUCGCACUCUAUCACCACAGACGAGAUCGAUUUGCUUUUUGACGUUUUGGAUACACACAAGGACGACCAAUUGUCGCUGAAGGAUUUGCGGUAUGGUUCACCGCAUUAUAUUCAAUUUUGA